AUGCGGGAGGAGGAGCUAGAGGUAGCCCUUAAGGUGGUGAUUGUGGGCAAUGGUGGAGUAGGAAAAUCUAGUAUGAUUCAAAGAUACUGUAAAGGAGUUUUUACCAAGGAUUACAAAAAAACAAUAGGAGUAGAUUUUCUCGAGCGUCAAAUUGAAGUUGAUGGAGAAGAAGUAAGAUUAAUGUUAUGGGACACAGCAGGUCAGGAAGAAUUCGAUGCCAUUACCAAAGCUUACUACAGAGGAGCUCAAGCCUGCGUUCUGGCCUUUUCCACUACGGAUAGGGACUCGUUCGAGGCUGCCCAUUCCUGGAAACUCAAGGUAGAAAACGAAUGUGGGGAAAUUCCAACAGUAAUUGUACAAAAUAAAAUUGAUCUUAUGGACCAAACCGUCGUUAACCCUGAGGAGGCGGAAUUGUUAGCUCGUGCCCUAGGAUGCAAGUUGAUAAGGACUUCCGUUAAGGAGGAUCUGAACGUCGCCGCUGUUUUUCGUCAUCUAGCAUCUCGGUGUCUGGCAGAACUAAGGGAUCCUAGAGAUGACUACUUCACUUCUCCCACACCACACCACCCUAACUCUCUCACCAUCAGUGCCUUUAGCCCUAGUCACUCCAAAAACCACAAUGGGACAAUAAUUUUGAGGCCAAACAAGCACAAAAAGAAAAAGAACGUCCUAAAAAAUGCGUGUAGAAUAUUGUAA